AUGUCUAUGCUUCCCGGCCCAAUGGCCAUCACGGCUCCUACGGAGCAGAUGCGUGAGAAAGGCCUUGAAGAGGAUGAUAUUCGCAAGAUGUCCAUGAGCGCUACUCACCCGGGUGUUCGCCAACGUCUGUGGGGAGCUCAAGCCCGUCUGGACCCAACUGUCUCCUACGAGGAGUUCACCUACUGGGCCAAGGUUGAGCGUGAGAUGGAACUCGAAGAGGGUCGUCGCAUGAAGGCUCUUACCUCUGGCCAAGGAGUUAUGGGUACUAUCAAGGGCUACUUCAACAUGAACGCGUAUGAGGAUGAUAAGACCAAGAAUGAUACUUCUCGUGCCUUGCAGACCCACGAGGAGGUGACACAGUGGUCUAAGGAUGAGAAAACACCCGUUAUCAAGGAUGAUGAUGGGACGAGCCCGAUUGCGCCCAGCGGCACUCACGAUAUCGAUGCUGAAUGGCGACAGGCCUCGAGAGCCCUGCGUACUGCCAGCUGGGGUGGUAUUUUUUACUUGAUUACGACCGAUAUCUUGGGUUGGGGACAGACACCCUAUGUCUUCGCCAACACUGGUUAUGGCCUUGGUGUGGGUAUCUUCAUUCUCAUGGGUAUCGCGGCUGCCCUGUCUGGAUGGAUGAUUUGGAGGACUUUCUUGGGUCUUGACUCGUCUCGAUUCCCCGUCUUGAGUUUCGGUGACCCGUUCUUCCGUCUGUUUGGACCUGGUGCCCGUCACUUCAUCAACUUUACUCAGGCCCUCCAGAUGUUCCUCACUGUUGCUGUCGUGCUUCUUGGUCAGACUCAGCUUAUUGCUCAGCUCGGUGAAAGUGUCGAUCUCUGCUACAUCGUGUGUGGAGUCAUUGCUGUGAUCGUAAGUAUUGCCAGUGGCUAUAUGCGGUCUCUCAAGCACCUUGGUUGGUUCUGCAACCUAUCUGUGUGGAUCAACAUUGUUUCUUUCAUCAUCAUCUGCGUUGCUGCUGCCAAAUAUGGCCCUGAUCCUACUGCUGCUGUGAACAACGGUAUUCUGCCAAAGUCUUGGGCAACAAACCCGGUUCCGGUCAAGACCUUCGCUGGUACCCCACCUGCAGAGUACCAGCAAACCGAUGCCAACCUGUUUGCUGCCAAAUUCAACGGAAUCAACAGCAUGGUUUACGCUUACUCCGGAGCUUUGCUGUUCGUCGCCUUCUUGUCCGAGAUGCGCCAGCCAUUGGAUUUCUGGAAGGCCGUGUUCCUCGCACAGGCUUUCAUUACCGUUGUUUAUGUCUUCUUCGGUGCCUUUGCCUACUCCUACUACGGCCAGUACAGCUACUCUACUAUCACACAGACUGUCAAGCCACUUAGUCUCCAAGUGCUGAGUAACGUACUAUCCCUGAUUACCGGCUGGCUCGCUGUCUUCCUCUACUUCAACGUCGGCAUGAAGACCGUAUAUAUCGAAGUUGGCCAGGAAAUCUUCAACGCCCCCCCAAUCACAACAAGAAAGGGCAAAUGGUUGUGGUGGGGCUUGGGCCCAGUGUACUGGAUCAUCGCCUUCAUCGUCGCCAUGUCCGUCCCCGAAUUCAGCGCCUUCACCAACUUUGUCGGAGGACUUUUCAGUCUAAACUUCACAUACUCCUUCUCCGGCGUCAUGUAUCUGGGUUACGCAAUCCAGGAAGGUUCCAGACUCCCCGGCGAAGGAUUCGAUCCCUACACUGGUCAGACAAUUCGCCAUGAUACUGGCAUCUCCAGAUGGACCCGUGGCUUCAUGAAGAACUGGUACAUUACUAUCCCAGUCACAAUCUUCACUGGUGCUGGUUUCGCCGCUUCUGGAAUGGGUACCUGGGCUGCUGUUCUGGCCCUCGAGUCGGCGUAUGGCCCAGGUGGCUCCCUUACGACUUCUUGGACUUGCACGAACCCCUUCUCUUCUUAAGCUGCGGCUGAGUGCUGGUCUUGAAGGAAA